GUGCGCCAGAUAAAAUAUCCUAAUCACCAAGGCUGAGGGAACUGCCAACUCUCCUCGGAGAUUAACUUCCGCUUGCUAUAUACUCGGAGAUGUCGUCCACUCUGCCGCACGAAGUGGUUGACUACAUCUCGAGUUCUUAUGGGACGACGUGCGGUCAUUGAUCAACUUCUCCUUGACAUGCCACCGCUACUACGACGCACCCAUCUGUAGCCACCUCCUGAGACCUCUGCAUUCGAUAUACGUCUAUAGCCGUCGCGAUCUGGACUUCGUAUCGCGCGUCCUAUCCUCGAAGCGACGAGAAAGUUCUACGAGCAACACGACCUCAGGUUCCUCAAUAUUUCUGAGCGUUCGCGGAAGCCCUUCGCACAUACCGUGCCUCUUUGCAUUUCACCAUCGCAUCUACCGCAUCUGGAAACCAUCUCCAUGCACAGCGUCAACUGGACGACAUUCAGACCCCCUGUGUCCUUCUUUCUUCGGCUGGCGCAAUUUGUCUCCGUGACGCGCCUCGAGCUGUCGAGCUGCCGCUUCCGUUUCGCCCACGACUUGCGCAGGCUCACCAAUUCUCUUCCCAAUCUGGCGGAACUGCAACUGAACAGGAUCAGUUGCGCUUUUUCUGCCGUCAUGGAACAGCCCUCUCAUGUUAUACAGACGUUGGCGAAGCUCGACAUGCGGCUAGUCUGCCUUGAAGGGCAUCCGGAUUCGUUGCUCGCUACUUGUGCGAGCUAUUCGACUGUUACCCAUCUCCAGGUACAGACGGAGUGGUUUACCUCUCUUGGCCACUUCCGUAACUUCGUCGAAGGCUUCCCAGUCCUGACGACACUGACCAUCAUUCUGGGAUAUGGACGCACCUGGGAUUCUGCUGUGAUGGCUGGGCCACCGUCGCUGGAAUCGCAUUCAUCGGUCCCAUCCCUCGCCACGUUCACUCUUAUUUGUUACAGGAGUGAUCUAUAUCACUCUGCGCUCAUAGAGCAGACCCUCGCCUGGGCAGCGGGUACCCCUUCAGUUACUACGUUGAGGGAUCUGCGCAUAGGCGUGGCGGAGUACUCCACCAUAGCCGGACUUACCAUCGGGCUCGUGCUGGAGAAGGUGUCUCAUACGCUGGAGACCCUACACAUAGAAUGGAGAAUCCCUGGCAGCACAUUCUCACUCAUGGGUGACUGCCUGGAGACCCUCCACUUGACCAUCCACGUUGACGAGGAUACACGCGCCUUCGAGAGAACCCGCUACACGAUCGCUAUGCACUCUCCAGCAUCACCAGUCGCAAUCUACGAGAGAUACAUCUAUGCGUAGUCUUCCAUUACAAGGACUAUCCCGCAUGCGACGUCGUAUCAGGCGUGGCGGAGCCCCGGCACGUCGACUCGCUCGAAUCAAUUCUAUCGCGCGAAGUCUUCGAUGGCCUUCCUCAGGAUUCUCAUGGCGUCUCGCUUACGAUCAACGAGGACGAUGACCUCGAGAA